CGCUCAAUCUCCGCCCCUCUUCGACAUCAGUAGCGGAAGUUCCGUUGUGAUCUGGAAUAGCGAGCGUACCCCCUACAGUGUAUGUGUGGCAACAACAUGUCUGUGCCGCUGCUCGCCGAGGCUGUGACGGUGUCGGGGACGGAGAAGGAGACCGCUGCGGUGAUCUUUCUUCACGGGCUGGGAGAUUCAGGGCAUGGCUGGGCAGAUGCUAUGACAUCUAUCAGGCUGCCAUAUGUGAAGUACAUCUGCCCCCACGCACCCCGAAUCCCUGUUACUCUUAAUAUGAAGAUGACCAUGCCAUCAUGGUUUGACCUCAUGGGGUUGAGUCCCGAGUCUCCGGAGGAUGAGCCUGGAAUCAAGAGAGCGGCAGAGAACAUUAAGGCCAUCAUCGAACACGAGGCAAAAAAUGGGAUCCCAGCCAAUCGUGUGCUGCUGGGCGGGUUCUCGCAGGGCGGGGCUCUCUCUCUUUACACGGCCCUCACCUGUCAGCACCAGCUGGCAGGUGUGGUCGCUCUCAGUUGCUGGCUGCCACUUCACAAGUCCUUCCCCCAGGCAGCGAGUGGGAGUGGGAACAGGGAGAUGCCCAUCCUGCAGUGUCACGGGGAGAUGGACCCCAUGAUCCCGGUGCAGUUUGGAGCCAUGACUGCCGAGAAGCUCAAGACCAUUGUCUCCCCACAGAGAGUCACCUUCCGCACUUACCCCGGCCUCAUGCACGGCUCCUGUCCUCAGGAGAUGUCUGUAGUGAAGGAGUUCAUUGAGAAGCAGUUGCCCCGAAUCUGACCUCACUUUGAUCCCACUGUGACCCUAGACAGUGACCCCUCACCCCUGACCUGCCAUUCUCCCCCCAGGAAACAGCCAUGAGCACCCCAUACACACAUGUGUGCACAUACACAUACACACAUACACACAUACACACACGCAAACACACACAAAUAAAAAGAACAGCUCAAACACUGUACACACUGUCUCUAUACGCACAUUGUCAACACACACUGAAACGCGCAUACAAAGUAAACAGCGCAGGCUUUACAUAGUCUUAUCUGUGAGGGAGAGUCACUGACUGACACAGUACACACCCCCACUCUUUCUAAUCUCACUUUCCCCUGUCCUUGGUCUCUCUCUCGCUCUCUCUCUCUCUCCCUCCCUCUUCCUCUCCCUGAGCACUCACUGUCUCUCCAAUGCUGUGUGUGUCAGUAAGUGUAUCAGUUUAGCUGAUGGUUAUUCCAUCUCCCCAUUAUAAAUUACACCCAGUAUUAUCAGCUCUGGCCGGUCUCUGAACAGACAGUUUAAUUGAGCUGCAGUUCUGAUGGGACCCUUGUGUAUUUUGGUCCCAUCUGGAGUGACUCAGGCUGCUCCAUUCUGCAUGCAUUACCCACAUGCACUGGUGCUGUGGUGGUUCUCUGCUCGGGUUAUGGAGCCACCUCUGCUGGUCAUGGGUUUUACUUGCUUGUACUAAUGUCUCACACACAAAAAACUUAAAUGAAUCCAAAUAAAGAAAACUACUGAUUAAUUCGAAUUUGCCACUAUGUUCUGUUCUUGAGUAUGACGCAAGCUUUUUAUGAAACAUUUUAUGAAAUGUAUUCUCUGUUUGUGAGCUUGGUUGAAAAUAUGGCUCAUGGAUUUAAAAGCUCAGUUGAAGAAAAUACUCAAGAACAUGAGCUUGCUUGCUGAGAAGUGGUCCACCAGGGGGCACUCUAGGCAGCCGUCUCCUCGGCAGCAUGUUGGUCUGAGAUGCACAAUAACGUCUGGUUCUGUAACGUCCUUUAAGGCAUUUGAAUGUAUUAAAAACGAAAAAAGAGUCACAAAUUCUUUUCUUUUCGCCCUUUAAUAAUGUGUAUGGCAUCUACUAUGCUACAGUUUUUGUUUAAAGAUUUGGGGAUAGUCUGCAGAGCGCAUGGUUCGGGUUCUUAACAGGUUGAAUCACUCCAGUGGGUACCAGCUGCAGACCCAUACAGAACUUAUGUGUUGCUCAAAUUCCACAGGAAGUGGGCAUAUCAGUAUGGGGUCUCAUUGGUUAGCACAUGGUGAGUGCUAUCUUCAGAGUGUUGCUCAGAAAUGGGGGAAGGGGUGAGAGCGUGGGAAUGAUAGACAGUGGCAAUUGAAAAGCAAGGGGGGGGGGGUAUUAAAUAUAUCCCAAAUUUGAAAUGUCACAGACUAUAAAGUUGAAUCAUUAUCAGUUUGAACCUAUUCCUGCUGAGAACUGACCAAUAGUAUGAUACAUUACAGGUAGCCUCUUUUAGAUUGGACUGAUAUUACUUACUGACACUCGCAAGCAAACUGAGGGUUAAAGGUCGGAGUUCACCUUGCACAGCACUGUCAUAACACACCUGUUAAUAUGACUACAAAGAGAUGAAGCUUUGUAAAAAAAAAUAGCAAAAUAUUAGGGCAUAACCUUUUAUAAAUAAUCAUGAACAACUAGAGGACGCUGGACUAGACAUCAGAGUUCAACUAUGAAGGAGAGUUGGGAUUUAAAACAAAGGUGUUGUAGUUUCUUUUUGUGAAUGCCCCCUUCCCAUUCAUUUUGAUUUCCCUGUAUUUCUGACAUUGAUUUAAAAUGUUAAAAUGUUUAAAAUGAGAGGGAAAAAACAAGUCUGUAUUAAUUCUCUUUGGCUUCUGAAGAAUGUUUUUUUGCUCCAUCGCUACUAUUACAGAAUUUCCCCAGCAUUCUGUAUCAUUCCAACCCCUAACCCCUGUAAGAAGUUCUGCUAUACUUUUCUCUUUUUGUCCUCUCUCGUUCAAUCUCAGCUGUUUAUUCUUUCCUCCUCCUGCUUAUCUGUACAUCUGCCCUUGUUCCAUUCCUGCUCCAUUGCCAGUUCUCUCCCUCCCCUUGGUCUUGUGUAAUCAGGAGUGCUAAAUGUAGCCCCUGGCCUCUGGUUCCUUUCUGUGUCAAGGGGGAGGGAGGGGUGCCACUUGUCUCACCGUCUCCCUGCUUUAUCUCAUUUGAUCUGAGUUGACUUUUGUUUUGUGGAUCGACCCUGUUUUCUUGUUGUGAUCGCUUUUCCCUGCCUGCUGAAGGGCGUGAACGUUGGUGUCUCCUCCCACGCCUAGUUCUGGUUUUGAUUGGUCCCCACAUAUAAACAAACUUGUGUGGGUCAAAACUGAGGGCUCAGUGGGUUGUGUCUGCCAGCCAUGAGUUUUUUUUUUUUUGUUUUUUGUUUUCAGAUGAAUUUAAAAAGUCUUGUUUCGGUAGUCUGUUUUUCCUUUUUUGUCACAUUGUGUUGUUAUUUCUGUGUUGACCGAUUUACUGACUGUAAAUGUAAUGGGAGAUAUAGACCCUUGGAUUGAGUAAGGAGACAGUCAGUUCUUUGAUUUCUGUUUUGUU